AUGUCAACGGAACAUAUUCAUCAUUUAUCAACAUCUUCUACUUCAUCUAUUUCAACAACAAUGCCAAUUGAUGAUAUUCAGAUUUUAUCCACCUCUCAUGCUUCAUCUACUACUACAUCAUCAAAUACAAAUGUUUCAACAUUUUCUUUUUCUUCAUAUACAAAUGUUUCAUCAUCUUCUUCGUCAAAUUCGUUAUCAUAUUCUAGUGAACGAAUGUUAUUUAUUAAAACAUAA